UCGACGCGAGAGAAGGGAUCGAGAUGAUCGUAGAUAUGAUAGGCCACGAGUGUCUGAUGAUCGUCAUCGGAGGCGUGAAAAUAGGAGAAGUCGAUCGCGUGAGAGGACGAGGGACAGCCCGCGGCGUUACGAACGAGGGGAACAUCGGGACGAACGUCAUAGUGGAAGGAGAGGAGAGAGACGGUCAAGAUCUCGUGAAAGAGAUAGACAUCACCGUUA